CCAAUUUUGGCGCAUCGCAUAUAUCCUACACAACGUGGAGGAACGUGCGACUUUGGAUAGUCGCAAAGGAAUCGCAAUGGGAAACGAUGAUAUUUUGACUGACGACUAUGUCGCCGGCCUUCUCUCCCAGGAGGCUAAUGACUGCUCGCUGAAGUACUCAACGAUGGGCAUGGAUGCAUUUCGCACCGACAAGAAACCGGCGAACAUGCUUAAACCGAACACGCGAUUCUUGCGACACAUCAUCAAGGACACCGAUACACACAACAAGGCGCUGCUUGCCAAGGAAGCCGCUGAGUCACGGGCGCGCCUGAAGGAUCUCGAACGUACGGAAGAACUCAAACGACGAAAGACGAAUCCGAAUUCCCGGGAUAUCAGGAAGCGGCAGAUGGGCGACAUCCAUGCCAUUCUUGGGGGUAAGAAACGCCGGCCAACGGGUGACCAGGAGGCGCCAUCUUCGAGCCGGAACUCAAAGAGCCGCGAAACCUCUCGACGGUCUGACAAAGAUCAGGAUCUCUUCAAAGAUCGGCGCGAAGAACGCAAGCACCGCGGACGGCUGUCACGGAGUGAAGGCCGACACAGUAAGAGUGACAGCAGAUCACACCGAGAAGAGCGGAGGAAGAGAUCACGAAGUAGGGACUCUGGAUCUGAAGAGGACAGGUCACGUCAUAGUCGCAAACGGAGGGAUAGGUCUAGGUCUCCUGAACGCCGACGACGGUCACGUUCACCAAGAGAGCGCAAGGACUCACAUCGACAUCGUUCACCGCUACACGACACGAAAGGGAAAUCAAAGCAAACGGAGGAACAGGAAGCCGAUGAUUCAGACAUGGAUGACCUGAUAGGGCCGGCACCGCCCCCAAAGUACCGCGGUCGGGGGGCCGUUGGAGGGUCUUCGGGCAUCGAUCGACGCUUCUCAGAUACCUAUGAUCCCAAAACCGAUGUCCAAAUGGAUGACGAUGCUUUCGAGGCAUUUCGAGACCGCCAGAAGCUCAAGCAAAACCAGGAACAACGCAUGAGAGCAGCAGGGUUUGCCGACGACCAGGUCCAGCGAGCGACAUCGACGGACGAGAAGUUGGCAGAUAGUGUGCAAUGGUCCAAAGCCGGCGAGAAAAGAGAAUGGGAUCGUGGGAAAGGGGUAGGCAGUGACGGCGUGGUGGCUUCUGACGAGGAGCUAUAGUGUAGGGGAGGGGCUGGGAUUUUGGACAUGGCAGGGCGUUGGCGUUGGACGUUCGACAAUUGGUUAUGGAUGUAUAUCAUUGGGUGGCGACACCUGCAUUUAGAAGUUAGUUGCACGCAUUCACGAGCUUUUCAGGAAGGGGACGGACAAAUGGCGUAUUGAAUAGAACUUUUGGAACUUUGGUUGGAUA